AAUAUUCCAGCCUGGCAACUCGUAGGGAGCCCACAUGUAAAGCGGCGCCUCGCUGGGCCGUGAUUGGCUGGCUGGCCGCGGCCCCGCCAUUGGCUGGUACAAAACGAGGCUCCCUGGUACCAUGGUGGACGUCGAGAGCAAGGCCAAGGAGACGUGAGGCAGCCGCGGCGAGCGUUGUGUCCUCCUAAUUCCUACUAUAUAGGUGCCUCGGCGGGGAGCAAGAGGGCGUGAAGGCUGCCGGCUCCGCGACGCCCCAGGACCUGCGUGAUUAAAGGUGUUGGAGGGCUGGCAGCAACGGCAGCAUGUCGGACAACAUUUUGGUGACCGUGCGUGUGCGGCCGUUCAUCAAGAGGGAGGAGGCUGACGGGGGCAACUCCUCGCCCACCUCACACUGGGAGCUGCAGGAUAGCUGCAGUUUAGUACAGGUCGACCCAAUCUCACGCAGGCCGCUCUGUGCACCUUACAUGUGUGAUGGAGUGUUUGGCCCCGAGGAACGGUCAGAGGAUGUGUACCAGGAAGUGGCCAUGCCCAUUGUGGAAUCAGCGCUGUCUGGCUUCAAUGGCACUAUUUUUGUUUACGGACAGACUGCCUCGGGCAAGACCUACACCAUGAUGGGGGACCGCAACAGCCCGGGCAUCAUCCCGCUGGCCAUCCAGAACAUCUAUCGCUCCAUUGAAGACACCCCCGACCGCGAGUACCUCAUCAGAGCUUCUUACAUGGAGAUAUACAAUGAGAACAUAUCGGAUCUGCUGGCUGGCCGAGACCCGAAGAACCGCUCUUUGACCAUCCGCGAGGACCAGUCGGGCUUAGUGUACGUAGCCGACCUGAAGGAGGAAUGUGCCAACUGUGAAAAGAAUCUGCUGAUGUUAAUGAAGCGAGGGGAGAAGAACAGAAGCAUCGGCAGUACCAAUAUGAACGAACGCAGCUCACGGUCACAUACCAUCUUCAGAAUAAUCAUAGAGUCACGGGAACGCAGCCAGGAGGAUGGUGAGGAGGGUGCCAUCACUGUGUCCCAUCUCAACCUGGUGGACUUGGCUGGCUCAGAAAACGCCUCACAGUCUGGGGCAACGGGCGAGAGGCUUAAGGAGGGCGGCUUCAUCAACAAGUCUCUCUUCAUGUUGGGGCGUGUCAUCUCUCAGCUCAGCGAGGGAGAGCCCUUUGUCAACUUUCGAGACUCCAAGUUGACUCGCAUACUUCAGCUCUCCCUGGGCGGUAACGCAAAGACUGCCAUCAUCUGCACCAUAACACCAGCUGUCGUGGACCAGACACACUCCACCCUGAGGUUUGCAUGUCGUGCCAAGUCCAUUAAGAACAAACCAAUUGUGAACGAGAUCCUGUCAGAGGCUGCCCUGCUGAAGCGCUACGCCAAGGAGAUCAAGGCACUUCAGAAUACCCUCGCCACGGAGCGCAACUCUGACAAGGCGCAGGAGGUGGAGCAGGUACGAGAGAUGCUGGGAGAGCAGGCCCGCAGGAACGAGGAGCUGGAGGCAAAGAUCCACGAGCUGAAGACCAAGCUUGUGGUGUCCAGCCUGCCCUGCCGCUCACCCAGGCGCUCCUUGGACAAGAAGCGCAAGGCAAGGCGGGAGACCUGGUGUGCUCCAGCCAUGCGCAGUCGCCGCCCCAGCAUUGGCCUGGGCCUUCUGCCCACAAUCAUCCAGGACCACCAGUUUAUCAAACCCAUGCUUCCUCCUUGGGCUGAGGAAAGCCCUAGCGCUAAUGCGUCCUUGAAUACCUCCGCCAUCAACAUGGAAACCACGCUCAGUAUGGAAGAGUUUGGCACAGACGACAUCAGUUUCAUUUUGAACCAGGCAGAGAAGACCAAGGUGAAGGAAGGAGACUCACUACAGAUCUCCCCUGCCUUCUUGAACGUGAGGCAAAGGAAGAGGGUGAAGUUUGACAUUGCAUCACCUACCUCCCUCACCAAGGAGGCCAGCUGUCAGACUAGUGAAAGCCUAGCACCACAGAUGAGACUGCCACCCUCGGUACUCCCAGAUACACCUCAAGGCACCCCCACGGCCACUCCCACCCGUCCAUCUGGCACGCCCGGCACCCCGGCCUCUGUGUUGAGGGCCAGGAACCUGGACAUGAAGGAGAAGCUGAGGGAGAAGGAGGAGUGGCUGAAUAAUUGGCGGCAGGAACUGGAGAGCCAAAAAGAGUUCCAACGUCAGGAGAUUCGGGCCCUGGAGGAGAGUUUUGAGGGGAGGCUGGCCAACGCUGCCGCUACUGCUGCUGCUACUGGAAGUGGUGGUGGUGAUGGUGAUGAAAAGGAGACAACACACGCUGAAGAGAAUGAAUCCCUGAAGAGAUCACUGAGGGAUUACGAACAACUGCUUAUGGAUGCCAACCGUGAGCUGUCCCACAAUGUGCAGAACUCAGCAGAACUUCAGAUGCGUGUGGAGGCUCUCAGCGAGGAGAACAUCCAGCUCUCAGCACUGCAGGAGGAGAUUGUGAGGCAAAGGGAGGAGAACAACACACUCAGGAAGGAUGCGGAGGCCCGGGAGUGCCGCCUCAAGGAGCUGGAGUAUGAAAGGCAAGACUUUGACAUGAUGAUGGAGCUGGCACUCAAGAAGCAGAAGCAGAGGGAGGAAGACCUGCGGCGGAUCCUUGAUGAUGCCUGGAAGGAAAUAGCAGCACUUGAGAAGGGGGACGUGGAGGAGGUGAGGAAGAGGAGCCAGCGCUUGUUUGAGCUGGAGGAGAUGGCAAAGCAGACCUCCACCAAAGCAGAGGAAGGCAACAAUGAAGAAAAAAUAGCAGCCCUUCAGGAGAGUCUGGAGGAGAUGCAGCAGGAGGCAAGCAGACUGAGGGAGGAGCUGCUACAGGCCACCCAUGAGAAGCAUCAGCUGGACCAGGAGGUGAAGGAUCUACAGGAUCACUUCAGCCAUGUCCAAUCUGAGUACGGAGACGACAAGAUUAAGAUUCUAGAAGAGGCAUCCCAGGAGAAAGAGCAGCUUAAGCAGGAGGUGAAAGAUCUACAGGAGCACUUGAGCCAAGUUCUGUCGGAGUCUGGGGAAGACAGGAUAAAGAUGCUGAAAGAGGAGAUUGUGGAACUGGAGGCAAGGCUGGAGGAGGCAGAACAGAGACAGGAGGUGGAGAAGGAAGAAGAUGGAGUGCAAGGGAUUGAAAUGGACACACAAACCUUACCAGCCUCAUUUAUGCAUGUGGCCAGCUCAAGGAAAAGUAGUGGAGAAAGUGGGGAGACAAACGCCCUCACCUCCCAGGAUUUCUCACGAGUGUUAUCGGAGACACUUCAGGCCCUGGAGGAGUCUGUGUGCAUUCCUCCUACCCCUGGCAGGCGGUCCAUCACCUCAUCCAUCGAUGCUCUCAGCUUCCAGGACCUUGAGAUGGCCAAGCCGAUGGUGGAGACGCUGAAGUCUGGCCUGAUGGCGCUGCAGGAGUACAUACAGGUGAUGGAGCAGCAGCAGCAGGAGGCAGCCCAGACCACACACUACCACCUGCAGGCCAUUGCUAAGGCAGAGGAGGAGAUGGGCACAUGGAGGGCUCAGGAGUCCUUCAUAGGAGACUACAUCCUUCACUCUGCUCACCCUUGGAAAAUGGAGCACCAUCACCACCCCCUGCAGCAACAGAAUCACCAGGACCAUCAUCUAUUCUCUAACAGCAGUCUCUCCCAGCAGCACCAUUCUCCCCCUUCACCAGAGACACACACCAGCACUCAGCCUUCCAGUCCCUCCCAGCAGCACCAGUCUCCCCCUUCAUCAACAGACUCACACUCCAGCACUCAGCUCUCCAUUCCUUCAUCCUCGCCUGGCAGCUUCCUCCGCCUCCCCACCACACAGACCACCAUGGAAGAGGCUGUUCAGAGGGCUGUGGAGGAGGAGCGCAAACGUCUUGUGAAUGAGUAUGAGGCAAAGUUAAAGGAGGUAGUCGCAGUUAGAGCUCACAAGCGCCACAGCAGCGCAGCGACAGACACCUUGUUCUUGUCCUUCACUCGCAACGACAUCUCAAUGAAUGCAGGGCCUGGGGAGGGGUCCCGGGAUGCCACACAAGAGGCAUCUUUCUUCAGUGUCAUUUCCCCCAACAUUGAAAAUCUGGAGAAAUCAGACUUGGAAACAGAGGUGUUGCGUCUCAGUGAGGAACUGAGUCGCAGGAACAUCACAGAGGAGGAAAUGCAUUGCUACCGGUGGCAGGUGGACACACUGAAGGAGGAGAAGUCAAGCAUGGAGGAAGAAGUCCGCUUCCUGCAGGAUGAAGUCGAAAAACUGACACAGAAAGAAAAGACAUCCAUGGAGAGCCCUGUCAAAGGUCAGGUGGAGUUGAUGGAUUGCACAGACAUGAAACAAGGUGAGAGCUUCACAACCUAUUCAGCUGACCCUGAGAAUAAGAGCAGCAGAGAUGAGGAUGAAUUACAACAAAGGGCAAGUGACCUACAAGAAGCAAAUAAGAAGAUUGAACUUCUAUUGCUGGAAAUUGAGAAGAUUAGAGAGGCUUCUCCAUCAGACUCAGGCAACUCUGAUAAGGAAAGAAGUGAUGACAAGGGGGAACUACAUCAGAAAACAAAGGAGUUGGAGGAGGCAAAGGAGAAAAUUGAAUUCCUUGAGCUGGAAAUUAAGAAGAUCCAAGGGGCUCCUCCAGCAGACCAAGGCAACCAUGAAAACAGGGAACUGCAACAGAAAACAAAGGAGUUGGAGGAGGCAAAGGAGAAAAUUGAAUUCCUUGAGCUGGAAAUUAAGAAGAUCCAAAGGGCUCCUCCAGCAGACCAAGGCAACCAUGAAAAUAGGGAACUGCAACAGAAAACAAUGGAGUUGGAGGAGGCAAAGGAGAAAAUUGAAUUCCUUGAGCUGGAAAUUAAGAAGAUCCAAAGGGCUCCUCCAGCAGACCAAGGCAACCAUGAAAAUAGGGAACUGCAACAGAAAACAAAGGAGUUGGAGGAGGCAAUGGAGAAGAUCAAACUCCUUGAGCUGGAGAUGGAGAAGACUCAAGAGGAGCUUACAAACAUGGUGGUUGAGAAGGACACAGACCUAGAGAUGAUCAUUGCUAACUUCACAGACAAGGAAGAGGCCUUCGAGCAAACAGAAAGGGAGCUGAGAAGAGUCACCACAGAGAUAGAGGAGCUAAAGGAAACUCUAGCCACUAAAGACCAAGAACUGGGAAGAUUUAGGGAUCAACAGCAUGAAGAGCUUGACAGAGCCACCGCACAGCUGGAAGAGAUGAAGGAAACUCUGGCAAACAAAUCUUCAGAACUUGAGAAAGUUACUUUAAAGCUUCAGGAGAUGGAGGAAGCUUUAACCAACAAAGACCUGGAUGUACAAAGUCUUGAUAAACAACAGGAAGAGCUUCAUAGAGCUACUGUUGAACUUGAAGAGGUGAAGGAAACAUUAUCCAACAAGGACUUGGAGCUGGAGGAGAUGAAAGCAACCCUAGCCAACAAAAACCUAGAGCUACAGGCACUCAGAGAUAAGCACCCGAGUCUACAAGAAGAGAUGGAUCAGCUGGUGAAUCACGAGGCUUUAGCAACUCUUGAGGAGAAAUUGCAGAAUCUUCAGCAGGAGUAUGCUGAACUUGAAGUGCAGAGUGAGAACAAGGUGCUGGAGGCACAGAAAAAGGCCAAGGACUUUGAGGAGAAGUAUGAAGGUUGUUUCCAGGACUAUGCUGCUGCCUCAAGGGUGUGUGAGGAAAACAGGCACAUGUUCCAGAAGUCUGAGGAGGAGAAGGAAGAGCUGAGGCUGAAGCAUUUGGAAGAGAAGAAUGUCCUGAAUCUUAAAUACAAGGAGGAGGUGCAGAAAGCUGAGGAUGAGAUGGAGAAGCUUAUACUGAAAUAUGAAGAUGAUCUUCAAAAAUCAGAGGAAGAGAAGGAAAGCCUGAAGCUACAGAAUGAGAAUGCGAUACAGAAAUACAAGGAGAAGGACGACUUGAAGCAAAAGUGUGAAUGUGAGCUGAGACAAGGUUCUGCCCCUCGAGAGCCAGAGCCAAAGGAAGCACUGGACCUGUAUGUUGGGGGUGCCAUGGUGGGGCAGAGGCUUGAUGAAAUAGAGGCACUGAAGGACCAGCUAGAGGAGAGAGUGAAAGAAUGUGCACAGCUGAAGGAUACUGUUGAUAACUUGAAGACAGUGCUGGCCAGGAGGCAGGAGGAGGCACAAAGAGUCUCAGAGGAACACCAGGAGGAAUUGACCUUCUACAUGGACAGCCUGAAGGAGAAGGACAAGAACCUAAAGAACCUGGAGAAUGAGGUGCAGAGGAGGAGUGACGAGGUGGCCAGUCUGACGUCCACCCUGAGUGCCAAGGACCAGCACCUCCAGAGACUAGAGAAAAACCUACUCGUCACAGAGCAAAACCUUAAGGACAAGGAGGCUGAGCUCGAGGCUUUAUUCGCCACAUAUUCUGAGACUUCCAAGAAAGUCCAGGAUCUACAGGAGGAUCUGGACUCCCUCAGGAAGGACUAUGAGGAAGUGUGUGCUGACAAGAGGAGAAUGAAUGAAGCCCUGGAGAAGCUCAAGGACAAAAAUGUGGAGCUUCAAAAGUUAUCCCACACUCAAACUGAGACUUCCCAGAGGGUUGAGGAGCUGCAGGAGAGCAUGGACAGGCUUCAGGAGGACUAUGCAAAAGUGUGUGCAGAGAGGGAGAGCAUAAGUGAAGCUCUGGAGAAACUCAAGGACAAAAAUAUGGAGCUUCAAAACCUGCACCACACUCAAACUAACACUUCCCAGAGGGUUGAGGAGCUACAGGAGAGCAUGGACAGGCUUCAGCAGGACUAUGAAGAGGUGUGUGCAGACAGAAAGAGCAUAAACGAAACCCUGGAGAAGCUCAAGGACAAAAAUAUGGAGCUUCAAAAGUUAUCCCACACUCAAACUGAGACUUCAAAGAGGGUUGAGGAGCUUCAAGAGAGCAUGGACAAGCUUCAGCAGGACUAUGCAGAGGUGUGUGCAGAGAGGGAGAGUAUGAGUGAAGCUCUGGAGAAGCUCAAGGAUAAAGAGGUGGAGCUUCAAAAGGUGUACCAUACACAGAUGGAGGACUCCAAGAAAGUUGAGGAGCUUCAGGAGGACUUUGCCUCCCUGAGGAAGGAGUACCAUGAGGUGUGUGCUGAUAGGAGGAGUGUGAGUCAAGCCCUGGAGGAGUUGAAAGGCAAGGAGGUGGAGCUUCAGAAGUUAUACUCAACACAGAAAGAGGCUUCCAUGAGAGUUCAGGAGAAUCUGGACACCCUCAAAAAAGAGUACAUGGAGGUGUGUGCUUCCAAGAAUGAAGCCCUGGAAAAACUGAAGGACAAGGAGGUGGAGCUCCAGAAUUUUUCCUCUACACAAAUAGAGUCUUCCAAGAGAGUCGAGGAGCUUGAGGAGGCCAUGGCUAGGCUUCAGAAGGACUAUGAGGAGGUGUGUGCUGACAGGAGGAACAUGAAUAAGACACAUGAGGCCCUGAAGGAGGACAAGGAGACCCUGAGCCACAAGUUCACCAGCCAGUGUGCCCAGCUGGACAUCAUGGAGGAGGACAUACUGCAGCUGAAAGACGAGCUGGAGAUGCAACAGAAUGAAAUUGCACAACUAAAAGAAGUGAUCAUGAACCUUCAGGCUGACAAGGAAAGACUUGAAGAGGAACAUCUGGCUCAGAAGGCCAAAGAGGUAGAGCUGCUGGACCAGCAGGUGACUGUGUCCCAGGAGAUGGAGAAACUCAUCGAGGAGAUUGAGAAAUAUGAGUGCGAGAUGACCAAGAAGGAGCAGCAGGUGCUGGCCUUGACUGAGGAACUGGAGAGCACAACAAACAGGCUGGCCGAGAUGGAGAAGCUUACGGAAAUCCUGCAGAGUGCCACUGACAGCCUGGAGGAAAAAUGCAGGCAACGGGAGAUGGCAGAGAGAACAUGUGAAGUGCUACAACAAGAAAUGAAGGAAGUGGAGAACUUGAAGGCAGAGGCAAGGAGGGCUGAGGAACUAAUGGUGCAGUUGUCGGCUGCUGAGGAUAAGAUUUCCUUUUUGAAGGAGAGAUGUGUUGCACUGGAGGAGGCACAUGAUUCCAGAAAAUAUGGAGUGAAUACAGAGGAGCAUGAAGGUUAUGGGGACAUUAACACACUUGUCAACAAACUCCAGCAGGUUGAGAGAGAGAACAAGACUCUCAGAAAGACAUUAGAAGAACAGCAACAAACAGGAAACCAGAAAACAGAGACCGCCAAUAUGGUAGAUCUCCAACACAGAAUUAAUGAACUGGAGAAUGAGUUGAAGGUCUACAAACAAAAACACACCACCACCACCACCACUGCAGACAACUCCAACAGUGCUGCACGUCCUGCAUGUGGGGACUGCACCAACUACAAGGCAAUGGUGGGGAAACUGAACGAUCUGGUGAGAGAGAAGGAGAGGGAGUAUGAGAGGAAGGAAGAUGAGCUGAUGACACGUCUCAACAUGACCCUGAAUGCCAAUGACUCCCUUGCCAAUGUCUCUAUGCGGGACAGCAGGAGGAGCAGGGUGGCUAAGCUAGAGGAGGAGAAGGAGGGCCUGCAGAUGAAAAUGAUGAGGAACUUUAGGAAGGUUAGGGACUUGGAGGCAGCCCUGGAAACCUUGCGCAGAACCAAUGGAGUCAUCUCUCAGGACCCAGAGAUGCGCAGGGAGCUCAGGUGGAUGUGGGAAAAAAUGGAGGAUGCAGAGAGGAAACUGGAGAUCCUCAACAAAAACUAUGACCUACUUGAGCGCGAGAAUGAAGAAUUAAAGGAGUUGGUGGACCAGCAGACCGAGGAUAAGACACAGGCAGGUGGUACCAUUGUGCUGCAGGUGAAGGCUGAGCUGAAGGCACUGCAGGAAAGAUACAGAGCUUUGGAAAGUAAGUACAGCAGCCUGCAGGAGCAACACAGUGACCUACAGGGCAAGGCUAAGUUGACAGUGGGUAGUGGCAUCUCUCAGGAACAGCAUGAUGUUCUGCAGAGGGACCACAACAAGCUGCAAGAGGACUAUGAUGUGUUGGAGGCAGAACACAGAACACUGAAAGAGAGUUGCAGGUCCCUAACAGAGGAGCAGAGCACAUUGCAGAGGGACCUUGGCUCACUGCAGGAAAGGUAUAGCACACUUCAGGAGACACACCACACUCUGCUGGAGACCCACAGUGCACUGAAGAACAACUAUGCCUCACUGGAAGAGACACACACAGUGCUGCAGGAAACUCACAAAACACUGGAGGAGAAAUACAGCUAUGCACGGGACAGAUUCAAUGCUCUAAGGGAAAAAUACAACAACCUCACAGAACUCUACAACACAAGCCUGACUGCCAAGGAGCUGGAGGAGCAGAACAGCAGCACCAGCAGAAUGGAGAGAGAUAAUGCAUCUGUCAACAUAACCCCUGCAGCAGGCGUGAUGGUGACUCCACUGGGCAUGGCUGGGGUGCAGGAGGGGGUGGUGGAGGACCUCAAGGAACAACUGGCGGCAUCACUAAGGGAGAACAAUGAGCUCAAGUUCCGCCUGCGUGCCCUUGAUGCACCAUCCCAAAAAAUAGCAGACUCGCUGAGGGAGGAACUGAGGAUUGCCAAUGUAAAGGUCACCCAUCUAAAGGAUGAACUGCGUCGUCUACAGAACAGUGGCCACCCAGACGCAACCAUUUGUGAGUUGACUGGACAAUCUUCUGCUGCCACCUCUUCCUCCCAGCAAGAUGCCAAGGAGGAAUACAACUACUCCACAGGCUCCGGGGUGGUCGCACAACUGCAGGUGGUAGAGAUGCAGGGCAAGAUGUACCACCUGGAGAAGAGCAAGAAGAAGGUGGACGAACAGCUGAAGUUGAUGGAGCAGCACAUGGAGCACUACCGUGGCAAGGCCCAAGAGUGGAAGGAGAAGGCCAUCAGGGGGGAGAAGGCAGGCCACCGGGUGAAGGAAGAGCUGAACCAAUUGAAAGCUGAGUUGAGGCAGCAAAGGGCCAAGACAGACGAACUCAACACCCAGAUAGAGAGGCAACAGUUUGAGCUUGGCCACCAGAGGGAGACCAUCGUGAGGCUAGAGAAAGAGAGGAAGGAGGGAGUGCACUGUACCCCUUCCUCUGCCUCUGCUGCCGCUAUCACGUCUUCCUCUGCCACCCCUGCAGUCCCUUUCCCUCCUGAGGUGAAGCCAGGGACAGAUAUUCCAGCUUCUCAGGAAUCAGCAGUCACACUAGCAGGAGGAAGCAGAGGAUUAGCAGGAAGAGUAGGAGGAGUGUCAACAGCAGGAAUAGGGAGAGGGAGGACAACAACAUCACUCUCAGUAGCUGAAGGAGGAGGAGGAGAAUUCAAAACACCCGCACCAGUCACCACAAGAGCAGGAGGAAGAGGAAUAACAACAACAGGAAUUGGGGCUAAGGAGGAAACAGUAGAGAAGGAAGACAAAGACAAAGAGCAACAGCAGCAGGAGAGGCUCCAAAGUAAACUGCUGGGGCUCCACAAUGCACCGCUACCCACACUCACACGCACCGAGAGGCUCCCCUGGGUGAAGGGUGGGGAGGUGGAUGCAGGAGCGGCUCCCCUGUGGCAGACGCUCAAGGAGAACAAGGACGUCUCCAAGUACAAACUCCCACCAGAGGAGAGGAGGAAGAUUGAUGAGAACUGCAAGACCCAAUGAGGAGACACCUACAGCUACUGAUAUUACUACUACUACCACUACUACUACUACUACUACUACACUCACUACCACUACCACUGCUGCUACCACUACUUAUGUUUUUCUGUACUACCACCUUGACCACUACCAUUACCCUCAUCACUAUUUUAACCACCAUCAUUACAAUAAACACUAGAAAUACCACAUCUACCACUACUCCUACCACUGCCACUACUACUGUUAUUUUUUGUAUAUACUCUUCCUGCUUCUCUUCUUAAUGCUAUCAAUGUUACUAUCCUCACUCCUGCUGUUCCUACUGAUGAAGCUCCUUUCUGGCCUCCUUGUGAAAAGUAGUAGAAAAUCUUUAGGGAAGUGUUUUAAUUUUGUUUUAUAGCAUAUUUUAAAAGAUAGUAGCCAUUCCAGAAACUGAUUCUUUUCCUCAUUGGAUAUUUUUAUGUAGUUUUCUUUUCCUCAUUCUUGUACUUCACUUACUUUCUUCUUUGUAGAAUAAGGAAUUUUUUUAUGCCUCACUUUUCUUUUAUCAUUAUAUUGGAGAAUUAGAACCGAUUCAAUCCACUUCAAAUAUCUUCCUUUAAAUUAUGGCAAUGAAGUAAGAAGAAAACCAGUCUCUUCCCAUGUUUCUUAGAUGCUAUUUUUUUAACUUAGAGUAUGAAUGAGUGUAAAAUAAUCUUCUCUCAAAUCUCUGAACUAACUUGUCUUUUGAGUGGCUCUGAGGUGUAGAAUACUAACCUGUGGUUCCUGACUUGCUUGAACAUCACUACCGUUAGUGUUACUUUAUAUUGCUCAGGUCUUAGAAUGAUUGCUGCAGUCAGACCAGAUUUACUCAUGAAUCUCUGAUAUAGUCUUAUUGCAGGUACAUAAAUCUCUUACACGCUAUCAAACUAUUGUGUGUGUGUGUGUGUGUGUGUGUGUGUGUGUGUGAAAAUCUUGUGUUUUCAUUUUGUUUCAUAGCAUAUUUUAAGUAAGUUUUAAAAUAGUAGUUUUAUGAACAAAAUAAACUUAUGGAUACUACUUCA